AUGACAUCUAAUGUUCAUGAAUUCGUUGCAAGAACCGCCAUAUCUCAUCUUGAUUUCCGCACUCGAAUUUGCAAUGAACAACCUCCUGCAAUUGUUAAUGAUGUAUAUGGGGUGAAAGAGAGAAUGGUACAAUUGCAAUUUUUCUACUCAAAAAGUUCCCUGUUUGUUGGAAAAAUGCAAUUCAUAGUUACACCAAUCAAUUCUCGUAAGAGCAAUUCCGAUGUCUAUGGACUGAUUUGUUUCUCAAUGAACAAACGGCACUCUACGCUAAAAUUAUCUCCGCUUUAUGUUACUACUACCGGAUCAUCUGAUUCGAACGGCAACCAGGUCAAAUCACAUUUCACUUUACUGUUUAAUAUCAACGAUCUUGAUGACCAUUUGAGUCAUCAUAUUUCAUUUGAUGUAGCACAAAGAAAUGAGGCAAAUCCACUAUCAAAAACGAUAUACGUGAGGCUGAAUAAUGAACUGCUCAAAUCCGAUGAGACUCAUUUCAAGGCUACACCACUGAUGAUUAACCUAGACAAAGUGGAACUCAAAGCAAAUGAUUAUGAGUUGGAUGAUGACAGGUCCUCAGUUCACACUUCAUAUACUGGUAGAGAGUUUUAUAAUGCAAAUUUAUAUUGCGAUAGCAAAUCCGCUAUGAACUAG